AUGGUAUCUACUCGAUCAGGCGGAGCGAAGAACACAGACGAGAAAGCCGGCGACAAGCGGACAGCCUCGGCUACAACUGCCAAGAAGCCACCAGCGAAGAAGGCAAAGAAGGAGCAGGAUGGGAAGCUAGAAGUCGGGGAUAAUGGAGAGGUCGGGCUUGCCAAGGAAGAGGACGAUGCGGAGGGAGAGUCAGAAGAUGCCGGAGACGGCGAGACCAAAGGCAAAGGCCAGGACGAGAACGGGGUGGGAGACGCCAGGAUGACCAACGAGCGAGGGGAGGACGAGACCAAGGGGUUCACGGACGCGAGGGGCGACGAUGCGGACAAGUCGAUCGGAGAGAUGGUUCAAGGCGAGGAGGCUGGUGGUAACGAGGAACCAUCUCAUGGUAACGGUCAUAUCUACUUCCUCUACCGGCCAAAGAUAGAUGCUACCGACGUUGAGUCUCUCGACGACGUAUCAAAAUUCCAUAUCCUCCUUCUUCCCAAGAGUGGACCACACGCCUCCAGCCAUUAUCACCGGAUCAUCGAAGUCGGCAAGAAGAAGCUGCCUGACCCUGGCGCAAAGAGGCAGAACAUCUGGGGCUUGGUCGGCACGACCAGUACCGACAAGGCUGGUCUGAAGACUGCUUUUGGGGAGUACUCGUACGAGACCAAGACCAAGGGUACCCGCCACCAACCCGCCGCUCGUCCUGCUGCUCGCGGGCACUACAUCCUUCACUCACCCCGAGACGAAGCUGCCGACUCGCCCGACCACAACAAGCAGCGCGACUACAAGGUCCUGCUUGCGUACGAGAUCACCACUCCACCUCCAGAGGACUUUGGGCGGGUCCAGGAGGAACUGGGGCUGGAGCAAAAGGGUGCCGUGGUACUCACCAUCAAGGACCCGGACUCGGGGGAUAACGUCCAAGCGAACCCACGAGCGGCCAACAUGCCGCGUGAGAAGAAGGCACACUACCCCAAGCACCUGCACGACCUGUUUGGGAACCGCCGCUGGAUUGCCCCCAACCCGGUGUCGUUCCUCGACUACGAAGGCACCGAGCUGCUCCUCAUGUCCUCGCCGCACGACCUGGAGGAUAUGCUCGGCAAAGAUGGGGAGAAGGUCGAGGCGGAUAUGGAUCAGGCGGCGGAGAAGGAGAGCACGGAUAUCGAGGGGGCGCUGAAGGAGCUUGGGAUGAGUAAGGGGGACGUGGAGAUCGAGGCGCUGGAGGGGGCUUGGGCAUGA